CUCUCUCUCAGUUCCACAUCUUCAAACUCCUUCCCAUUUCCCAUUUCUAAACCAAUUUGAAUUCAAAUUCCCCCCUUCUCUCUCUGUUCCAUAUCUUCAAACUCCUUCCCAUUUCCUAUUUCUAAACCAAUUUUAUUUCAAAUUCCUCCCUUCUCUCUCUGUUCCAUAUCUUCAAACUCCUUCCCAUUUCCCAUUUCUAAACCAAUUUGAAUUCAAAUUCCUUCCUUCUUCCCAUCUACAUACCAAAACAAGGAGAAAGAAAACAUGGUCGAUUCACUCGUCUCAAUUGCAGUAGAAAAGUUGAACACCAUCCUCCAGGAUGAGGUGGCUUCAUUGGUGGGUGUCACCAAUGAGAUCGAAAAUCUCUCCAGUACAUUCAUCUCAAUUCAAGCUCUGCUUGAAGAUGCUGAAUCUCGGCGCGUGAAGGACAGAUCGGUGAUGAUUUGGUUGCAGAAGCUCAAAGAUGUGGCAUACGAUGUGGACGACAUACUAGAUGAGUGGAUGACAGAAUCUCUCAAAUCACAAGCACCUGAUGAAGGUGAUGGGUCCUGUUUCAGCAAGAAGAAUGUAAGAAGCUUCCUCUCACCCGUUGCUUGCUUCAAUCAUGUCAUAUUACGCCACAAAAUUGGGAGUAGGAUAAAGCAGGCACAGAAAAGAUUAGCUUAUAUUGGUGGAGAGAAGAAUCAAUUGGGUCUUAGAGUAGAUAGUGGAGAGAGGGAGAGGGUGGAUGGUGAAGUGAGGCGGGCUGAGAUCAGAGAGCGAGAGACAGGCUCCCUAAUCGAUCGACCGUCAAUUGUAGGCAGAGAAGAUGACAAAAAUAGAGUCGUAGACUUGUUACUGGAGGAGAGUAGUGAAGGAGUAAAUUAUCAGGUGCCUUUUGUCAUUUCUAUCGUUGGAAUGGGGGGUGUGGGCAAGACCACCAUUGCUCAGCUCACCUACAAUGAUGAGAGGAUCCAGAGGCAUUUCCACAUGAAAAUGUGGGUGUGUGUUUCAGAAGAUUUUGAUGUGAAGAGGAUUACAAAAUCAAGCAUAGAAUCUGCAACUGGGACUGGUUGUGAGUCAUUAGACUUGGCCCCAUUGCAGGAUCGCCUCCGAUGUAUGCUGCACUCAAAACGAUUCUUACUUGUGCUUGAUGACGUUUGGAGCAAUGACCGCGAGAUGUGGGACAAGCUGAUACUUCCUUUCCAAGAUGGUGCACCAGGGAGUCGUAUCAUUGUAACCACUCGUAGAGAAGAUGUUGCAUUAGCGAUGGGAAGGGCUCACAUACACAAGCUGGCUGUCUUAUCCGAUGACGAUUGCUGGUUAGUGUUCCGGCGCAGAGCACUUGAGCAUCAGAAUGCAGAAGAGCAUUCAGAGUUGGAAGCGAUUGGAAAGGAAAUCGUAAAGAAGUGUGGAGGACUGCCUCUCGCAGCAAAGACGAUAGGGAGUGCCAUGUGCUUGAGAAGGACAAGAAGGGAGUGGGAGCUUGUCUUGCAAAGCGACAUAUGGAAUUCACAUGAUGUCUUAAAAGGCGUUUUACCAGCUUUGUUACUCAGCUACCAUGACUUGCCUCCUGCUUUGAAGCAAUGCUUUGCUUAUUUCUCCAUCUUCCCGAAAGAUUGGCAGAUAGAGAAGGAUAUGAUAGUCAAGUUAUGGGUGGCACAAGGUUUCAUCCGCUCCGACGGAAGUAGAGAUAUCGAAGAAAUUGGUGGGCUGUAUUUUGAUGAUUUACUAAGACGCUCGUUGCUUCAAGAUGCAGAACUGGACGAUGACAAGAACAUAGUCAAGUGCAAGAUGCAUGAUUUAGUUCAUGAUCUUGCGCAAUCUGUUGCAGGUAGUGACUGUUCACUGGAGGAUAUCAGAGAGCAAGCCUCGCUGAACCUAAGCAAUGUCCGCCAUUCUGUUUUAGUUGUCAGUGAUGAAGAUGGUGCUAAAGUGGCUUCCAUUUGGGCCACCUUGUAUAAGGCUAACAAGUUGCGGACGUUGCUAUGUGACUCAACAUUCUCUAGGGUGCCAAACAAUUUAUUUCAUCAUUUCAGACACCUUAGGGCAUUGGACUUGAAUCACACUGGCAUUAUGAAAUUGCCUGGAACAGUAGGGAAAUUGAAGCAGUUGAGAUAUCUUGAUUUAUCUUGGACAAGCAUAGAGGAGUUGCCUGAGGAGGUGAGUAAUUGUGGAAAUUUACAGACCUUGAUACUCAAUUACUGUUUUAAGCUAAAAAAACUGCCUAGAGGGCUGAGAAAAAUGAUUAACCUGAGACAUCUAGAAUUAGAAAAUACCCACGAGCUGAUGUACUUACCGCAGGGCAUGGGGAGCCUAAGUAGCCUUCGGAUGUUAACAAAGUUGAUUGUGGAGGGUGGCAUGGAAGGAUGUAAAUGGGGAGAACUGAAACAACUGAUGAAUCAUCUUCAAGGAAAACUCCAAGUUAUUGGGUUGGAAAAAGUGAGCAGGGCCGAAGCUACGGAGGCAGAACUGUAUAAGAAGCAGAAGCUUUAUGCUAUAUCCUAUGAAUACAGAGGUGAUGAAGCGUUGGAUGAUGAUGAGGUGAAGAAAAUGGAGGACGUGCUUGAAAUCCUUCAGCCACACACAAACUUGAAAGAGUUAGAAAUAAAAGAUUACAAAGGUUGGAAGCUUCCCAAGUGGAUAGAGGAUCCAGUGUUCUCCAAUCUAGUGAAGGUGAUGCUCUCGUGUUGUAACAAGUGCAAACAAUUGCCAGGUCUUGGGAAACUACCUUCCCUUAAAUUCCUUUCUAUUUAUAGAAUGGAAGAGGUGAGAAAGGUGGGUGGUGAGUUUAGUGGGGAUGAUAAUAAUGAUGGAAGUGGUGGUGAUGGUGUUGUGUCAUUCCCAAAGCUCCAUACUCUCGGCUUCUCCAACAUGCAAAAUUGGGAGGAGUGGGAAUUGAGAGGUGGAGAUGAUGGAGAGUGUACGCCAUCACUCCUGGAAUUACAAAUGGAUGAAUGUCCAAAGCUGAAGGAGUUUCCAAGCAACCUUCCACCGCUCCUACAGAAGCUGAGUUUAAGCAUAGGUAAUGAUGGGUUGCCAUCGGGUGGGCCCUUACCCAUCCUCCCCAACCUUAACCAUUUGGUGAUUUGGGGAUGUUCUGAGCUGACAUCGUUCCCUUGUGGUUGGUUGGGGCAACUCAAAGCCCUCCAAACUCUGGAGAUCUGGUUUUGUUCUAAUUUAAGGUCUCUACCAGAGGAGUUUCAACACUUCACCAUGCUUCAAAAAUUAAAGAUAUGGAGGUCUCCACUCUUAGAAGAGCGCUGUCGAGAAGGAGGAGAAGAUCGGUACAAGAUUGCCCACAUCCCCAAUAUCAGCUUUGAUUAUUAGGCAUUACGAUGAUCGGGCCCAAGAAGAGGAAAUCAACGAACAGCUUUUCAUUUGC